UUGGCUGUGAGCGGCGGGGUCAAGCCGUGUUGCGCAUGCGCAGACGGUCCAUUUUCUGUUAGCGACUGCAAUCUGUCAGAUCAGCAGAGCGUUUAUUCCUCCUAACACCUUCAAAGACACCAAAAUACUGACCCGCUCCUCAGGCGUCAGAGGCUCUUCUGGUAGCUUUAGGGUCUGUGAGGAUUGGAGCGUCACUUUUCGACGUUGGUGGCCGGCGAUCACAGCCAAGAAUGACGAAUAGCUCCAAGAGGAAAGAGGAGAUUCACCUGGUGAAUGGGGGUGUAAAACAGUCCACAUGGAGCAAAGCAUUCAACAGUAAUGCCGUCUGGGAGGAGAAGGAUGAGUUUUUAGAUGUGAUUUACUGGAUCCGUCAAAUUAUCGCAGUAAUCCUUGGUGUGAUAUGGGGCGUUGCACCGCUGAAAGGAUUUCUGGGAAUAGCCAUAUUUUGCAUCAUCAAUGCCGGCGUCCUGUAUGUAUACUUCAGCAGCUUUCAGCAGAUUGAUGAGGAGGAGUAUGGUGGCACAUGGGAACUCACCAAAGAAGGCUUCAUGACGUCUUUUGCUCUGUUUCUGGUGGUAUGGAUUAUAUUUUACACAGCUCUACAUUACGACUGAGAGGAGCCCAUCGGACAUUAAAUAUGAACACUUCCGUUGAAGUAAAUUGUCAAGACACAAAGAACUCCAUGGCUUGAGGGAGUGCCAACACUCCUGCAUAAGACUUUUGAGUGUGCAGUGCAUUAUGGGAAUCAUAGUUUGAAUAACAAGAGACCACCAUGAUGAACAUGUUCAAAUACAUCUCGACAGUUUGAGGGUUCCUUUUUUUUUUAUUUUUUUUUUUACACAUUACACUUCCCAAAUGUAAUAUUUCCUUCCUCCCACCGUCGACAGUAUCUCUGAUCAAACUCGAUUGAAAUAUGGAAACUCAUGGUUCUGCUGAGACCUGUUGCAUUUUUUUUUAUUAAUAUGCUGGAACAGUAUCUUGAUGGUUUUCUCUCUCGGUUUUGCUUGCUGAGUCACUCCGCUGUUUCAGAGGAGUGAUAAGAGCAAGAAUUUUGAGACUGUAGAGAUGCAAUCUGUAUGUACAUUCAUCCCAGUUGACUUGGCACCAGCUGAUUACUGUCAUUACAGGAGCAGGGUAGUAAAAACUUCAUCUUGGCAUAUAAUCAUUUGAGUGAUCCAUGAGUACAGUGUUUUUGAGUGUGAUUUUUAAGUGGAGAUGAAAAAGAACCAUAGCUGAUAUAAAUGCUCAAAUAACAGUAAGAGGUUUCUGUGGCUUAACACCUCCAUUAGACCAGAAAUCCUAAAUGCAUGUGUGAAUUCAGUGCAAAACGAUACAUCCACUAUUGGGAAAAAAUCAAUGCAGAGAUUCAAAAUUAUAAAAAUGGCUUGGCAGCAAAGCACAUUGCAGGUUACUGUGAAAGUUAUGAGCCAUCUUAAGACUGUUGUCUACCAAAAUGUUAUGUCUUUAAGGAUUUAAGGAUGACACGUACGAAUGAAACUCACAAAUUGCUGUUUGAAGGAUACAGUGUCCAGUAAAAGUCUUAGACAAACACAAUUCGCUGUGUCCAAAUCACACUCUUGCGCACUGAUCUUAUCGACAGAACAAAUGCUGAUGCAGUUUACAUAUCAGCCAGUAUUCAAUGCCAACAUCUGCUUGUGAUAUCAAUGCAUUGAUGUAUCAGUUGGGCUUUAAUAACUGUGUCCAUCCGUUUAAGGGCAAACCGUCAGAGAGGAGGAAGGAAACAUGCAUGUUGUGUUCAAAUGCAAACUCUCCACAGAUUUAAGCUACAACUGGGUCUGUGCACUGCCAUGACUUGCUGUUAGUAUGUCUUGAUGUCAUUAACCAUCAAUGGCAUUAUUACAUAGAGCGUAGAGUUAAUUUAAAAUGUUUGUGUUUGUUUUCCUUCACACGUAGCUUCCAGAUCAAAGUCUUACCAAAUGUUCUGACAUUAAUUUAAAACAUGUCUGUAAAUUCUGUACAAUGUCCCUUUUGUCAAAAAUCCUCAUUGUGUUACGCAGAUUUAUUUGUACUGUGUUAUAUCUCGUUUGAUGUAACAUACUUCUCAGUAUUUUAUAGUGAAUAAAUAAAUAAAUAAAAAAACAGUUCUUGCAAGCUGACUGUAAUGACACUAUUAUACUAGACACAUGAUGUUUGAGCGGAUUAUAUUUUCUGAUCUAAAUCUUUUGGGAAUCAUUAAACAUGGGCUUUAUUUAGCCUCCAUUUUCAAAGAAA